ACGAAAAAAAUUUCUAUGAAUAAUUACAAUAAAGUUCUACUAAAAAUAGAAAUUUGUAAAAAUUAUUAAUUUUUUUUCAUAGAAAUAUUUACUUUUUCGUUAAAAUAUUUAUUCUUUCUUAGACAUAUGUAUUUAACUAAAGUGUUACAAAAUAGGCCUCCUAGGCUCAAUAACAGAGUUGUUAAUUUUUGUUUCAGGAAUUUCCUCGUAUCAGAAAUUUGCUGAAGUUGUAUUUUUUUUGCUAAAAUAUAGUUAAAACAUUUUUUCUAUCAAAUAAUUUUUAUUUCAUAAAUAAUUAAAUAUUAAAUUAUCUAUAUUAAUAUAUUAUCAAUGUGUAUUAUUAAUAACGUAUUAUGAAUGACGAUUUGGCAGAAGAUACGAUCGUCGAGCCUCAAGUGAUAAUGAAAAAGAUAGUAGGCGUCGCUUUAGAAAUAGACCCAAAAUGCCCCAUUGCAGAAAACUAAUUUAAGGACCGAACACACAAAAAAUCUAAGCAGUAAGGAAUUUAACAGUUUCUAUUUGCUACUGUUUGCGUUGUACUUUAAAUUCUUGACUGUGAUUGGUUCAUUACCGCUCAAGUUUUUCUGUAUGCCAUAACCCUUAUACCAAUACAGAUUUCUAGAUAGCAUGGAACAUUCUAGCAAUUAGGCCUGUUCGCCGAUUGCUUGCACUUUUUACACUAGGCAAUCUUCGAUUUUUCUCUCUUCAAAACUUGAAUAUAUAUUUAUCUCGUUUCAAGUGCAAAAAUUUUUAGAAAUUUUAAGCAACAUGAGUAAACCUAUUGUAACAAUGUCAACACCAUGAACAUGUUCGUACGUGUUUGAUCCUUACAGAAUUUUUCUAUGAGUUAUGCAAUCAAUUGCUGUUUGAAUUUCAGAUUCGUUUUCGUAUUAUUGAGUUUUUCUUAAGACUCAUUUAUAAAAUGUUCUACCUCGGUUGAAACGUCCCUGCAGAAUUAAACAGGGACCAAGUAAUUUUAAGAAGACCAAUGUUGCUGGAAUAUUCCAUGUUAACUUUGAUCACUUUAAUCGUUUUUAAUUUUUAAAAGUAGAAAAAAGAUGAAGAAUAAUCACAAUUAAAAUUAAUCCACGAUUCCAGUUUUCAGGCGCGUAAACAUUCUGGGCUGCGUUCGGAAACAUCACUUGAGUGCCUUCGUGUAUUAUUUUGUCUUUGUUUAACAUUUGAUGAACAACAAAGAUAAAAUGAUAACUUUGAUCUCUUUAAUCAUUUUAAUUUUUAGAAGCAGAAAAAGAUGAGUAAACUGAAAUUAAAAUUAAUCCACAUUGGUAAAAAUGGACAUUAAUCACGAUAUAAAGGUCCUGCUUCGAUUUAGCCACCUUAUCCUCUUCCGUCGACAGAAACGCGAUGGAAAUUGGAAUCGUUUUGAUCACAAUCAUUAAUCACUUUAAGAAUUUUGUCACGUCUUUUGUGCCAAAAGAUUAUUUAAUAUAUAUAACACUGAAAUAAAAGAAAGCUAUUUUAUUAAUUUUAUGUGUUUUACAAUAAAUUCUACGUUUUUUGUACAAUUAAAAAAAGAAGCUUAAAGCUCAAACAAGUUUCCUUAACCUAGGUUAAAAAAUCGUUUGUUAAUGAUUUCAAUCUGCUUUCUCGACAGCGAUAUCAACGUAAUUAUUGUCGAUAAUUUUUACUGAUUACGCCUAUGUACAGGCAACGUGCGCACGAGCAAUGCAAAAGUCGUAUCGUCUCGUUCACCCUUACGAACGUUUGGCCGCAAAUGCCACGUUGAUUAAUUUAUUUCCUGGUGAAAAAUGAAUCUGCCCACCGUAAAAGACUAUUGUAUGCUAGAAAAGAUCGGCACUGGAAGCUACGCGACGGUGUACAAAGCGAUUAAAAAGGAUGGGAAUCGAGAGGUAGUCGCUGUCAAGUGCGUGGACAAGGGCUCGCUCUCGAAAUCAGCGAUCGACAAUCUAGUGACGGAGAUCAAGCUGUUAAACGUCCUCAAACACGAGCAUAUCGUGGAAAUGAAAGAUUUUUUCUGGGAUGAAGGGCAUAUAUACAUCGUCAUGGAGUUCUGCGACGGCGGGGACUUGUCAAGCUUCAUAAAGAAGAAGCACAAGCUACCCGAGAGCACCUGUCGCAGAUUUCUGCAACAGCUCGCGUUAGCCUUGAGAUAUCUGCGCGAUCAUAAUGUCUGCCAUAUGGAUCUUAAGCCGCAGAAUUUGCUGUUGAUGAGAAAACCUCAACUAGUACUCAAAGUUGGAGAUUUCGGUUUCGCGCAGUAUCUUUCAAAUUCGGAGCACAAAUUCGCGAUACGCGGCUCGCCUCUUUACAUGGCACCCGAAAUGCUGUUGAAACACAAGUACGACGCCCGUGUUGAUCUGUGGAGCGUCGGGGUGAUCAUGUACGAGUGCCUUUUCGGAAAAGCUCCCUAUUCCAGCAGUAGCUUUCAAGAGUUAGCGGAAAAAAUCAAGGAUAGCCGACCGAUAGAGAUGCCGAAGGCGGCUCAUGUAUCGGCGACGUGUGAAGAUUUGCUUAUGGCUCUGCUGAAGCAUAAUCCUGCUGAUCGGAUAACGUACGAUGAUUUUUUCGCGCAUGAUUUUCUGGACCUGGAGCACGCGCCUACGAAAGAAAAUUAUGAUAAGGCAGUCAUGUUGGUGCACAAAGCCGUUGAAAUGGAUACCGAGAAAAAUGUAAAAGAGGCAUUUCAUCUUUAUUGCGAGGCGCUUAGAUAUUUCAUCCCGAUCUUGACAAAUGAGAACGAUCUAAGACGAAAGGAGGUAUUACGACAUCGCGUCAGUGAUUACAUAAAGAGAGCAGAAACACUUAAAAUGGCAUUUAUAGAUGAAAAUAGUGAAAAGCGCCUGAUACCUGAAAAUAAAGGAAAUACUUCGUCCCUGCAAAGGAUACCGUCCUUAGAGAAAAGCUCAACUUUCACCCACAAUGAAUUACGAAUUCUCGGUAAAAGUACCACGAGUAUGGUGGAUGCGCUUGAAAUAGGAGAAGCUGCUGAGCAAUAUCUCGCUGAGGGUAACUACGCUUUGGCUCUAGAAAAAUUUCAGUCCUGUUUAAGUGUACUUGUACCUUUAUUGGGAAAGGAACCGAUAGGCCGAAGAAGAGAUUUGCUACAUAAGCAGAUACAGAUAUGGAUGAAGGAAGCUGAAAGUACCAAAGGACUCUUGGCUACCAAGGAUAUAGAUUCUUUGCAACGAACAUCCGAUGAACAAUGUGUAUUACAAUAAUCAAUAUAGUUUUAAUAUUGUAUAUAAUUAUACAAUGUUAUAAAAGACAAUUAUUAUUUUGGUUAUCAAUUCUGCAUCAUUGUAUGAUAGGAUAAUUAAUAUUUUAGCUAUCAGUAGUUCUGCACCAUUGUACAAACUUGCCAUUUGUCUUUGUAUCAUGCAUUAUUUAAUCAACUAAAAUAAUAAAUAAUUUUAUAUUUGUA